AUGGAAUACAUACCCACUUCGCAAGGGUCAGUCGGUCGGAUCUUGUGCUGCCAAUGUGGCGUUCCAAUUGAACCAAAUCCGACGAAUACAUGUGUGACUUGCUUGAAAGGGCAAGUGGACAUCACCCAAGGAAUCCCUCGACAGUCAGUGGUUAACUUUUGUCGCGGCUGUGACCGAUACCUUCAGCCACCAAGCUCAUGGAUUCAAGCUGAUCUCGAGUCGCGGGAAUUGCUGACGCUCCUGAUUAAGAAACUCAAGGGCAACUUGACAGAUGUACGCCUCACCGAUGCUAGCUUCAUUUGGACAGAACCGCAUUCCAAGCGAAUUAAAAUCAAACUCACAGUGCAGAAAGAAAUUCAAGAGGGAGCUGUUCUCGAGCAGAUCAUUCCCAUUGAAUUCGUUGUUCAAGGACAGCAGUGUACUGAUUGCCAGCGAGUCGAAGCGAAGAACUUCUGGAAGAGCGUAGUGCAAGUGCGUCAAAAAGUCAAGCACAAACGAACUUUCCUCUACUUGGAACAAGUUAUUCUAAAAUACAACAUGUUCGAGAACACUAUCCGAAUUGGCCCUACUCAGCACGGCCUCGAUUUUUCUACGGCCGUCCUCAAGAUAGCCGAAAACUUGUCGAAUUCCUCCAACAAGUGGUGCCGAUUAAGAAAUAUGGGACAGUUGUUGAUCUGUCUUCGAGUGACUUCAACAAUUCAGCUGAUUGAUCCGGCCACUCUUCAGCUCCGAGAAGUCGACGGGUCCCAUUACUGGGCUAAUCCUUUUGAACCGAUUGCUUCUUCCGCGCGUUUGGUUAAGUUUGUAGUGAUGGAGAAAGAACUACUAGGAAAGAAUGAUAGAAACCACAAGGCGGGCCAGGGUAAACUGAGCUUCAAACACCAGCUGGCAGAUCUUUACGUGAUUCGCGAAGAUGAGCUCGGCACUCACGACGACUACAUUCACUGUAGAACACAUUUGGGUCAACAUCUCGACGUUGGAGAUGAAGUCCUAGGUUAUGACAUGAAGAAUAUGAACUGCAACAGCGAUGCCUUGGACGGAAUGAAUGGUAAUCACCCUGACGCGGUGCUAGUGAGAAAGAUCUAUGGCGACUCUAGAAGACGAGCUCAAUUGCGAAAGUUCAAGCUGCGCCGAGUUAUUGAAUACAAAACUGAUAAGGAUGACGAAGAUGUACAGCGAAUGGAGGAAGAACUAGAAGAAGAUCCAGAAGUGAGAACGAAUGUUAAUAUGUAUCACAACCCAGAAGCCAACUUCUCGGAUAAUGAAGAUUUGCCAAGAGUGGACCUUGCCGAGUUGUUAGACGCCGUUAAUCUGGAUGAUAAAACUGUUCCAGCUGAUUUUUAA